AUGAACGUCAAUUUCGAUUUCAAUGCUGGUGGUGGUGAUGGCGGCGGCCAGGCGUGCCGCUACGAGGCCCGUCGCGAGGCCGAAAACCUCCGUGUGGAGGUGGACUUUUUCCGGACCCAGCUUGGGCAGGCCCCUCGGGACGACUCUCCCCAGGAGCCCCCGGCUCCAGGUCCCCCGGCUCCAGCUCUCCCUGCCCCGGCAGCCCCGGCUCUUGCUCCCCCGGCUCUUGCUCCUCCGGCGCCUGCCCUUACACUCGUCCUCCCCGCGCCCACUCCCGCGACUGCCCCUGCUGCUACUGCUACUGAUGCUCCUGCCACCGCCGAGUAG